GAGAGGCGAGAGAGUGUAACCCCACGGCACCCGUGUGUGUCGCACUAAAAUGUGACUCUGGCCAGCAGCACCGGGAGCCGUGUGUGUCGUAAGAGCGAGCGCGCGCGAGAGAACGUACGAACGAGCGAAAGCGAGCGAGAGAGCGAGAGAGCGAGUCGUGUGUGCCGGAAUUUUAGUUUAGAACGUGGUUCGAGCUGGGCCGGGUGCGUACACGAUGAAGUACAAGUAAAAAGCGGAGAAAACAAGAGGAAACACGGGAAACGAAGAGGGGCAAGGAGAAUCCACCCCUAAAGUGUCCAACGGAAGGAGAGGAAACUUCGUUCAGCCAGGUGGAAGGUGGAGAAUCCAGAAACGCUUCCCUUGUCGAGGAUACAUAUCAUUAUUGCCUAAGGGUAGAAGAAUAAAUAGAAGAACAUUAGAGGAUCAGAGGUCAGCUAGCCGUAGGAGGAUCACCGGAGGUAGCUAAAGAGGAUAGGCUCGCGACGGCCGUGGACACGGGGCUGGCGAACUCGCUCGGAACCAGGUUGCCGGAAAAGGGGGAGAGAAAGUGGACGCAGGGCGGCGAUGUCGUGCGGGUCUAAUUGAGAUAUCGCUGGGACCUUGGUGGUGCGACGGGCGGUCGCGUUUACACGCGUAGAGACCACGGGACGCGGCUCGUACACGGCUGGAUUGUGUGACACCGGAUAUCGGGGCCUGGGAACGAAAGGGUCGGCUCGAUGACCGGCCGCGAGUAGUUUUAGUAACGUUUCACCGUGAACUGUGAUUCUCUGUGCCAGGGCCGAGGGGAGGAACCCGGAUCGCGAACACCGGUUGCAACUGGACAGGAAGAAUGAAGCUGGAACUGGACCGUGAGAAGGGCCUGGAGCUCUUCGGGAAGUUCAUACGAACGAAGAAUGUGGAAAGUCUACAGGGUGAGCAGAGAAAAGCUGGGCCCGAGCCACUGCAUCCGACCGACUCCAAGCAGAAACUACAGAAGUGCCUGACGACUCUGGACCUGACGUCAUUGGGAGUUGGCUCCUGUGUUGGUACAGGGAUGUACCUAGUCGCAGGUAUGGUGGCGCGCAGCGUCGCCGGGCCAGGUGUCGUCAUCUCGUUCAUUAUUGCGGCCAUUGCUUCAAUUUUUUCCGGAUCAUGUUACGCCGAGUUCGGAGUACGAGUGCCUCACACGACGGGCAGCGCGUACGUGUACAGUUACGUGACAGUAGGUGAAUUAAUAGCAUUCAUUAUUGGAUGGAACAUGGUGCUGGAGUACCUUAUAGGUACGAGCGCGUGUGCCUGCGCCCUUAGCGCCUGCCUGGAUGCCCUGUCAGAAGGCGCCGUUUCCAGCGCAAUAGCGAACAGUGUGGGAACCAUAUUUGGUCGGCCGCCCGAUUUCCUCGCGUUCGUCAUCACCAUAUUGAUGAUGCUGCUGAUGGCCGCGGGCGUCAAGAAAUCCCUGGUGUUCAAUAACGUGUUAAACGCCAUCAAUCUCUCCGUAUGGGUGUUCAUAAUGACGGCGGGCAUGUUCUACGUGAACCCCGACAACUGGGCCGAGCGAAAAGACUUCCUGCCGUACGAUUGGAGCGGUGUGUUCACCGGUGCUGCGACGUGUUUUUACGCGUUCAUUGGCUUCGAUAUUAUAGCUACCACCGGCGAAGAGGCGACCAAUCCGAAGAGGAGCAUCCCUCUAGCGAUAGUCCUGUCGUUGAUCAUAAUUCUCAUCGCCUACGUCACCAGCAGCAUGGUCCUGACACUGGUUGUACCUUACAACGAAGUGGACCAGGACUCAGCUCUGGUAGAGAUGUUUGGCCAGGUGGGUGCUUACAAGUGCAAGUAUAUCGUCGCCGUCGGUGCACUGGCUGGUUUGACAGUGUCCAUGUUUGGCAGCAUGUUCCCCAUGCCUAGGAUAGUCUACGCCAUGGCUCAGGAUGGCCUCAUAUUCAGGAGUCUGAGCCAGGUAUGGCCAACAACAGGCACCCCAGCUUUAGCAACGUUGACCUCUGGACUAUGUGCUGCUGUGGCUGCCCUCUUGAUCCGGUUGGAGGUUCUGGUAGAGAUGAUGUCUAUUGGUACACUUCUAGCCUACACUCUAGUGUCCACUUGUGUGCUGAUCCUUCGCUAUCAGCCUCACUCCACGAACCUGGUGGAGCUUUUGCCUCAGAGCUUGAGGACACCUUGUCGAUCACCGACAAAAGAGACUCAGGGAAACGGACAGGUGUCUUAUGGGAAGGAGCUGAGACCGGACCAGCUGACCACAGCUUUGAACACUGUUCAGACUAACCAAUCGGAACUGACGACGACGAAUAACGGCCAACGUAUCAUGAAAAUUCGAGUGAGAAGAUGCAACAGUUCCUCGCCAGACUCAGACGACACCUACGGUGCAGAAGAGGACGAAGUAGGCUUGGGCAAAGAUGAUCAGUACCUGGUCAGCGAUCGGACUGAAAAUAAAUUCUACGGCAGCGUGCACGCAGCUGCAGCGGCGUCCAGCUGUGGUAGCGCGCACCAGUACCCUGGCAACACGCCGAUCAUAGGGCCACCGUUGACCUAUCUUCAGCGUCGACUGCAGGCGGUACAGUACUUGUUCCCAUCUAUAUUCCCUUGGGUGGACCGAGGUCCUGCGACAGAGGCUUCAGGACGCUAUGUGAUGAAGCUUGUUGGGAUACUCUAUCUGCUGAUAGUGAUCUUUGAUUUGAUCAUUGUCUGCGGCAUGGGUAACAUGGGAGCGAUCACCACGAAAAUAAUGUUCCUGUUCCUGUUCGCCAUAAUUGGGGUGCUACUUGCCAUCAGCAGGAAGCCGCAGAACAGGAACACCAUGAUGUUCAUGACUCCGGGACUGCCAUUCGUUCCUGCGAUUGCUGUCACCGUGAACAUAUACCUCAUCUUCAAGCUGAGCAUCUUGACGCUGGUCAGGUUCACUGUGUGGAUGAUACUCGGCUUCAUCAUGUACUUCUACUACGGCAUCAAGCACAGCAGUCUCGAGGAGGCCAGCAAGUCCGAGAACCUCGAGGAAACCGUAACAGCAGGCAACAUCGAGCUGACGGUGUCCGAGCCCCAGCGACAGCAGCAAACGCACCAUCAAUACCCGGCGCCUGAUCGCAGCAUCUACGAGAGCCAGCAGCUGGACGCGUUCGGCCAGCCGUUGUUCGGCAGCACGAAUUUCGGCGGCACGCCCAGCCAGAGGCAAGACACGACGACAACAACAGCAACAACCACGUCCGCUGGCCAGUCGCUGUUCGUCACCCAGGAUGACUUCCCCACCUGGGACGACUGAACGACCACCGACACAAACACAGUAUAAAUACGCGUAUUCAUAUAUAUACACACACGUAUAUAUGAAUAUAUAUUUGAUGAUACAUAAGAUAAAUUAUUACGCAAGCCUGACCGGCAUCGAAUGUUCACCGACGAUCAGGAGGGGGAACGGGAAAAAUCCGAGCAAAAAGGGAACGACCCUGUGGGAGCCUCGCGAUGGUCUCCGGCCUCUGUGUUAGAUCAUGAUCGAGCGACGAUUAGACAGGUCACAGUUGGUUCCUCAAACAGUUCCUUCUACGUUGGCUCCUCGGCUUUGUCCCGUCGCACAGUGGGGUAGAUCACGGGUUUAUUCGUUGGAAGUCUGUAACGUUUGGAUCAGUGGAGAUGUACGGAUUUUUUGGAACUGCGGAAUGGUCUUUGACGACUUUGUAGGAACGUGAUAAUUAUUUUAUGUAGUGCUAGGUGUAAUAACUGAGGAUCAUUGUUAUUGCUAUAUAGUUGGUCAAACUAUAUUGUUAUUUAUAUGGUUUGCUCUUGAUAUUUAUUAUUAAUUAUACUUAUUUAUUGUUUAUUGACCCUUUACUUGAUUAGUUAUUUAUUUAUUACUUAUUUACUUCUUCCCAAGAAAGAUAUCAUGUUUACUAUUAGCGAAUGUUUCCUUCUUAAUUGAACAAAUUUAACCCUCUGCACUCGACAAUAUUUAUUAUUAGAAACCUUCAUUACUUCCUGACGAAAUAUUAACAAUAUUUGCAACUUACAUAAAGAAACAUCUUGCACAAACUACGGG